AUGGGCUCCCAGCUGGAAAACGCCCCCCUCCACCCAGAUGUAAAUGUUCGCGGCGCCCCCGCCUCCCGCCAAGAAUCCGGCUCAGUCUACACCUCUGUGUUCCCCGUUCCCCCAAACCAGAAAUCAACUCACUCAGACAAGACUUUGAUCUUCAAACUUUGCGAGAGAGGCAGAGAAGCCUCAGGACCCGCUGCCCCCUUCGCCCCCACUCCCGCCCCCAGCUCACCUCCCGGAGCCACAAACCCUACAAAACCGGAUCAGAAACCCACGGGAAGGAUCAAACUAAGGAGGGCAGGGGCGGGCCGGGGGGGUAGGGCGCGACCCCGAACUAGGGGCCUCGCGGGGGGCCGGGCUGGGCAGCUCGGCCGGCGGAGUGGCGGGGCCGCCGGGAGCGCCGCGCUGCCCGGGCGGAGGGAAGGUGGGGCGGCCCCGUUACCUGGAAGAAGAAGGCGGCCCAAGGCCGGGCUCUCAUCUCCGCCGAGCCCCACCGGCCCGCCCCCCCCGGCCCAAAUCCAACCGAACGCGUCCAGAGCCCCGGCGAGCGGGCCGCCGAGCGCGGGGCCAGAGCCCCGGGAGGCGCUCGCGGCACCCGGAGCCCGGGCGCGGGUCGGUCCCCAGCGCCGCCGCUCGCGAAAAGGCACGGAAAGCAGCAGCCUAGUCCAGAAAUGGCGACGCGCGGAGCCUCUGCCUCUCCGCACAAGGGGCCGGGGGCGCGGGGCCCGGGCUGGGAGGAGGCACACGGGGGACGCGGGGGACGCGGGCGCCCCGGGCCCUGGCCGCUCCUCGACGCGACCCCCGGGCGUGGGGAGGGGGGAAUCUGCCCCCUCCCCAACCCCGCCGCAGCCGCCACUUGCAGAGGUCUUUCCGCCGGGGGCCCCGCCACCCCGCUGGGGAGGGGGACCCGGGCGCAAGGCGCGCGGGGCGGCCCGGGCAAGCCCCCCGGAGCGCCGGGCGCCGGGCCCGCCGCUCCCCUCCGCGCCAGCCGGGAGAGAGCCCCGAAAUAGCCGGCCUGCCAACUUCAAAGGGCCGCCGGCACAUCAAAGCGCGCGGGCCGCCGGGCCGCGGCGGCCUCGGCACUCACCAUUGAUCCGCGGGCGCGCUCCGCUGCGAGACCUCGCUGGCGCCCCGGGCAGGGCCCCGGCCCCGGCCCCCGGAUCGGCUCGCAGCGGCAGCCCCGGGCCCCCCCGGGCCGGUCCCGGCGUCGGGGAACAUCGGGAGUCGCACGGCAGGGGAGGGGGGUGCGGGGAAACAACAAUCCCGGGAUUAGAGCGAGCUCCACCGGGAAGGAGGGUGAAGCGGCGCGCUCCGCCGCCCCUUUUAUGCAAAAGACCCGAGUGGGCCUCCGCCCCCGCCGCGGCCGCCCCCGGCCCCUCCGGCCCCCGCCCGGCCCGGCUUUCAACACAGGUCCUGUUUCCAGCAGUCACUCCGCGCACCAAAUGUCCUCCGGGCGCUUCCAACAAAAACUGCGCUGUGGAUUUAACUGUGCACUUCAAAGGCGCGAGCCGAGCGCACGGUCCUGAAAGGGAGGUACGCGCCGGCCGCGCCCCCGGGCGCCCCCCGGUGCCCCAGCCGCCCCUCCCCGGGGCCGGACGGCUCACACCGCCCCUCGGGCCCGGGCUCGGCCUGGCCGGACCCCCUCCCACCCCCGGCGCCCGCGACUCGGCUCGGCGCGACCUCGCCCCCUGUCCGAGGGGGGCUUUUUUUGAAGCGGCUCCGCUGGGGCCGCGCCUCCACCCCCACCUUUUACAGCAGGGCUUUCGGCGGGGGAGACGGGCGCUUCGGACGCCGGGCGGCCCCGAAGUCCAUUGCAGCGCGGGGUUAUUUUUAUUUCCCUGCUCUCGGGUUGUUACUGAGUUGCCAGGACCUUAUCAAAGCGCAGCCGGCUCCAGCCGACUCCCCCGGGCCGGGCUCGGGGAGCCAGUGAUCCCGCCGCGCCAAUCACAGCCGCGCUCGGCCGGCCCGCGCCGCCCGCCUUAA